AUGGCAGAAAGCAACACGGCAGAAAACAACACGGCAUCAGUAGCAACUCUGCAAUCUGAAGCCUCAGUCCCGCACUCGCUGACACAGGAUGAUGAUAAGGACACAUUGCCGUAUACGCAUUUCUCGGCUCGGUACAGGGCGCUCAUCGUCACAAUUGCAGCCAUCACUUCACUCGUCAGCCCACUCUCAUCCAACAUGUACUACCCAAGUAUCCAGCGAGUCCGUGACGACUUGCACACCACCCAGUCGGGCAUUACGUGGACAGUAACUGCAUUCACUAUCUGCAUGGCAGUCACACCGCUGUUCUGGAGCAACCUGGCGGACCGGAUUGGACGAAAGCCUGUGUAUGCAGCAUCAAUGUUCAUUUAUACUGCAGGCAGUAUCGGCUGUGCUCUGUCAAAGUCAUUGACGGCAUUAGUGAUUUCGCGCAUUAUCCAGUCUACUGGGGCAUCAGCAGUCAAGGGAUCGGGGGCAGGGACCAUUGCAGACAUCUACCCUCGCGAGCGGCGCGGCACUGCGCUCGGCAUAUACUACCUGGGACCGCUGGUAGGACCAUGUAUUGGACCACUGGUUGGCGGCUAUGUCGGCCAGAAUCUGGGCUGGCGCUGGGUAUUCUGGAUUCUCACCAUCUGGGGCGGCACAAUGUGCUUUGUGGCAAUGUUUGUUUUGCCUGAGACGCACCGACGCAUGGUAUCGAUGAAGCACAAGAUCCAGCAAACCAACAUCCCGAAGCCUUUCAGCAUCAGGAACAACAACCCGCUGGUGGAUCUGGCGCUGAUCCGGUACCCGCCAGUCUACAUCUCGCUGUACUUCUUUGCGAUGGUGUUUGGCACCUACGUAGUGAAUCUGGUUGGUCUGGCCCUGGCAUUUGAGGAUGUCUACAGGCUGUCACAAGGGGCUUCUGGGCUAUGCUAUUUCCCGGUAGGUGCUGGAGCCAUCACCGGGUCGUUGUCCAGUGGGCGGAUCACAGACCUGAUGCUGAGGCGGUACCAGAGGAGACAGGAUGUAGAGGGCGGCCAGAGAGGCAGUGUCUCACCCGAGACACGGAUUCGGCUGACCUGGAUCAGCGGGACGAUGUUCCUUGUGUCUAUUGCGCUAUCAGGGUGGAUUAUCAACAGACACUGGUCUCUCUCUGCGCUGCUGGUGGUGCAGUUUUUUACCGGUCUCGGGAUGGCCUUCUCGUUCCAUUCGCUGGCCAGCUACCUGAUUGAUGUGUUCCCGCUCAAAUCGGCCAGAAUCACAGGCGUGCAGAACUUUUACCGUGGCAUGUGGGGUGCCGUUGUCGUCCAGCUGUUCCCUACUAUGCUCGACAGUAUCAAUUGGGGCUGGACGUAUAUGAUCCUGGUGUUUAUUGCUGUGCCCGGUCUUGCUGGUAUCCAAUUCCUUGUCUCCAGUGGAGAGAAGCUUAGACACAGGUUCGGUCCACACUAAUAGAAUGUCGUAAUACACUCUGGUUGUUGUCAGGUCCACCUUGGUCAGAUUAGCAUUGGGUGCUUGCUGGCGGAUAU